AUGGAUAAUAAAAAAUUAAAUACUUUAAUAGAAUCAAUUGAUCAAUGGGUUAUAGAAUCAAAUGAUGAGAAAAUUUCAGAACUCUAUAGGCAAUCAAGUAAAGCCGAUAACGAAUUUGAAGAUAUACCGAUAUUAAAAGAUUGUAUUACAUUAGCUUUUAAUAUAUUAUUAGGUGAUUCAUUAGUUGGUUCAUUUAAAACUGAUUUAAUGAAAAAAUUAUUCUUAUUAGAUUCAUUAAAUAAUUAUAAAGAUAAUAUUAAUGAAUAUUUUGAAAAAGUUAAUAAUAAUAUUACAAGUUUAAAUGAAACACCAUUAAAUCAAUUAAGUGUUUUAUUAAGUGGUAUUACAUUUUUAAAUUUAUAUGUACAAAUUAAUUGGACUGGUCCAACUGUUCAAAUUUCACCAGAUUUCACUUUAAAAAAUGAUAAUAAAUCAAUAUUAGAAUUAUUAGAAGUUGAUGGUGAAACAGUUUAUAAAAAAGUUAAGAAUCCAAUAUUUUUAUAUUUAUCAAAGAUUUGUUUAGUUGAUAAUUAUUCAAUGUUAGAUAGUUGUAAAUCAUCAUGUUGGUGGUCAUGUAGAUCAGUGAUGUAUCAUCAAAGAUCAUUAAAGAAUGCAACACCAACAUUUAAAUCAUUAUUAAAUGAAAGAUUUCAAAUUGUUACUAGAUUUUAUUCAAUUUCAACAUUAUUAGAGGAUUCUGAAGAGUUUAUGGACACAUCAUCAUCAACAACAAGUGAAUCAAAGAAAUCAAUAAAAGAAAUCAAUGGUUUAAAAGAUUUAGCAUCACGUGCAAUCAUUGAACAAUCAUUAGUUUUCAAUUAUUUUAGACAAUUAAAUAAAAUUAAAGAAUCAAUGGAAAGAGCAUGUGAAGUUUCAGAAUUGGAUUGUGCAUUAACUGGUGCAUUGGGUAAGAGAACUCGUUUUCAAACAUUUGAUACAGCACAAUUGGUAAUGGAAGUUAAAAAUUGUCGUCAAAGAGAUGACAGUGGUGAUGGUGAUAAUAAUAAUGAAUUUAAUAGAAAUUCAUCAAUUAAGAGAGAAGUUACAAAUGAUGAUCCAACUUUAUUAGUUAGACCAUCUUUGAUUGAAGAGGUUAAAGGUCAAAAUAUUUUAUUACGUAAUGUUGAUCAAAUGUUAAUUCUAUUACAAUGUUUAAAUGUAAAGAAUCAAAAUAGUAACAAUGGUUUAACUACAGAGGAGAUGUUACCAUAUAUUCAAAAGACAUUGGAGAAAUCGAAUAAUUGGAUCAUUCAUUCAAUGGGGUUGCUUAUUAAAUCGCGUUUGGAGAUUGUAAGUUCUAAAACUGCAGAGAGGGCAGUACUUCAAAUUCAAGCAUUGGUAGACCAAUAUGAUGAUCCAACAUCGAGUGCUACAGAAAGAAUCAAUGCUAUCUAUAGCACUGACUACCCAGCACGUUGGGAUUUAGAGAAAGAGGUGGCAGAACGUUUCAUUGGUAUUGGUGCGGCAGCAUCAGCAUUUGAAAUUUUCGAACGUUUAGAAAUGUGGGAUGAAGCUAUUAAAUGCUUAACUUUUAUGGGAAAGAAUUCACGUUCAGAGGAAUUGGUUUUACAACGUUUGGAGAUUGAACCAUCACCUGAGCUCUAUUGUGUAUUGGGUGAUUUGAAAUCGGAUGAACAAUUCUACAUUAAAGGUUGGGAACUCUCAAAGAAACGUUAUUCUCGUGCUCAAAGAUCAUUGGCAAGAUUUUAUCUAGAAAGAGAGCAAUAUCAACUUUGUAUUGAUGCUUUUCAAAUCGCAUUGGCAAUCAAUCCGUUAUUCCCAAAUUCUUGGUUCUCUUUAGGUUGUGCAGCUAUGAAAAUCGAGAAAUGGGAUACUGCAUUGAAUGCAUUCUCUCGUGUAGUUUCAUUAGAGCCAGAGGAAGGUGAGGGUUGGGCAAAUUUAGCAUCCAUCUAUAUGUACCAAAAUAAAAUGGAUAAAGCUUCAUCAGCAUUAAUGGAAGGUCUUAAACAUAAGAGAGAGAAUUGGAAAAUGUGGGAAAACUUCCUCUUUUGUUGUAUUGCCAUUAAAGAUUAUCAAAAUGCUGUCAUUGCAAUCAAUCAUAUCUUUGAUUUAAAUGAUAAAAAGGUCAAUCUUAAAUUAUUAUCAAUCAUUGCCGACCAUGUAGUUUCAAAGGAUCAAUUGGAUAAACAAGGUAUUUCCGGUUCAAAAAUGGAGAAAACUGUAUCGGAAUUAUUCGGUCGUUUAACUUCAAAACUUACCAAUAAUCCAGAUUUAUGGCGUCUUUAUUCCUCCUAUCAUCAUCGUUUAGGUAAUGUUGAUAAGGCAAUAGAUCUCCAACAAAAAGCCUGUCGUUCUUGUGAGUCUGCUCAUUGGGAAGGUGAACAAUCAACUUUUGAAAAGGUUUUACAAUUCAAUACAACCUUGUGUGAUCUUUAUUUCCAAUAUCCAAAUACCUCAAAUAUUUACUCUGCAAAAUUAAAAGUUAAAAGUAUUCUCAAAAAAUGUGAAUCCUCUUGGAAAGAAACUGAACAUUAUAAAAAUUUUGAACAAUUAUUAAUUAAAUUAAAUAAUUAUGAAUCAGAAUUACUUCAAAAAAAAUAA